AUGUCCAUGUCCACGGAAGACUGCCAGAAGACCCGUGAUGGCUUCCCACGCCCUUUUCCCAACACCCCGUCCAACGUCUUAGAACAGCUUCGUGUUACCGACAAGGUCAUUGUAGUCACUGGUGCGGCAGAUGGCAUUGGCUUCGCGGUCUCUGAGGCUAUGGCCGAGGCCGGGGGUAACGUUGCUUUGUGGUACAACUCGAACGAUGCCGCAAUUCAAAAAGCAAAAGAUCUAUCAAACACACACAAGGUGAAGACUUCGGCCUACAAGGUCGAUGUAUCCGACGCAGCUGGAGUCCAAGAAACCAUCGCAAAGGUCGUCAAAGACUUUGGAAAGAUUGAUGUCUUUGUCGCGAAUGCUGGCAUGGCCAUUUCGAAGCCCAUUCUCGAGCAGACUCUGGACGAAUACAGGAAACAGAUGUCUGUAAACGUAGACGGAAUCGUUUACUGCUCCAAGUACGCUGGAGAAGUCUUCAAGAACCAAGGUUUCGGCAACCUCAUCAUCACAUCAAGCAUGAGCGCCCACAUUGUCAACGUGCCCGUGGAUCAACCCGUCUACAACGCAACCAAGGCAUACGUCACACACUUCGGCAAGUCGCUAGCUCGCGAAUGGCGCGAGUUUGCCCGUGUUAACAUUGUCUCUCCUGGCUUCUUCGACACCAAGAUGGGCGCUGGUCCCCAGGCUCUGCAAGAAGCGUACCGCAUGGCAGCGCUCGGCAGACAAGGGCACACGAAGGAGAUCAAAGGCUUAUAUCUUUACUUGGCGAGUGACGCCUCCACUUACAUGACAGGGAGUGAUGUGAUCAUCGAUGGUGGGUACGUCUUGCCUUAG